UAGCAGCAGAAAGCACACUGGGUGAUGGAUUUGUCUACCAGCAGCAGCAGUAGCGAUGACGAGUUUAUUUUUAUGUUGUUUAAAGAGGAGAGAAAAAGAAAGAGACGUUAUUGGGUGCACCCUAUACUCGAGGAGAGAGAAGUGCACGGGGAUUUCCGCAGACUGAUAAAGGAGUUAAAGUUGUAUCACGACCGUUUCCAUCGCUAUUUCAGAGUGUCUGUCAGUCAGUUUGAAAGUUUGCUGAAGCUGGUGGCUCCUUCACUCAGCAAGUCACGAACAAACUUCAGAAAACCCAUCAACCCCGAGCAGCGAUUGGCAGUGUGUUUACGUUUCCUUGGCACUGGGGAUUCAUACAGAACCAUUGCGUCCAGCCUAAGCCUCGGCAUCUCUACUGUGGCACGGGUUGUUGCAGAGACAUGUGAUGCCAUUUGGAGCUGCCUAAAAGACGAGUACAUGCCAGUGCCCACUGAAGAUGUGUGGCGGAGCAUUGCAAAGAGGUUUCAAGAACGAUGGAGCCUCCCCAAUUGUUUGGGAGUAAUAGAUGGGAAACGCAUCGCUGUUCAGUCCCCUGGAAAUUCGGCCUCAUUCCAUUACGAGUACAAAGGCACAUUUUCAGUGGUUUUGCUAACUCUGACUGACGCCGAUUACCGCUUUCUAGUGGUAGACGUGGGCAGCUGUGGAAGCAGUAGUGAUGUGGGCAUCUUCUCAAAUUCAGCACUUGGCAAAGCACUUCAAGAUGGAGCCUUCAAUUUCCCAGCACCAGCUGAACUUCCUGGUGCUCCUGAACUCGGAAAGGUAAAUCAUGUGAUAGUAGCAAAUGAAACGUUCCCACUGAAACCGUACCUCCUGCGUCCAUACCCUGAGCGACAGCUCCUCCCGGAAAUGAAAGUUUUCAAUUGCAGAUUGUCCCGAGCGCGUCAGGUGUCAGAAAACUGCUUCAGCAACCUCAGCCAACGUUUCAGAUUCUUUCAGCGCCGUUUACAAGUGAGCCCCGCAGUUGCUGAUUCUGCAGUAAAAGCAGCCUGUAUCCUGUGCAAUUACGUGAAUCCAUCAGAACAGAAUAUACAAGAUCUUCUAGAGGACGACGGCAGCGGUUGUGUGGUCAUAGAACCGCUUAGGCAAAUGGGGGGAAAUCGGGCAUCCCAUGAAGCACAGAGUGUUCGAAACACUUAUAAAAAGUACUUCAACUCCCCUGCUGGCCAAGUUGAUUGGCAGUAUGAACAUGUGUCCAAUGGUCUGGGGGAUGAUUAGCUUAUUUAAAGGGUUAGUUCAACCUGAAACAAACACUAGCCUGUUAUUAACUCACCCUUAAAGCAUCUUUGGUGUGUCUGACUUUCUUGUUUCAGAUAAAUCAAUUUGGAAGUAUAUUAAGAAUUGUCUUUAAUCAGAAAUUUUUUCUACACUUAUGUAACAUCUGGGAGCAUUAACCCUUGUGUACUGUUAAAAUUGUUUACCCUUUUAUUAUGUUCGUGGCUGUUUUUUCCCAAUUGACUUCCAUUAUAACAACAUUUUUUGAUUGCAAAGCCAUGACACCAAUUAAUCGUGUAUUCUUGAUUGUUGGUGCUUUUGCCUGUUGGGAAGAGGUACGGUUACUGUUGAUCUUCAGUUGGCGCCAUUAACCUUUUAGUUAGGCCCGUGCAAAAUAAGUUUCUGAUAUUUAUAUAGAGUUCUAUGGAGGACAAAACUACAAAUUAUAGCGUGUGUGCAUAAAUACACUUGCAACGCUUGCCAUGUUCUGAGAGCUGAGCUGCUUAUUUUUUAUUUUCUCAAACAUAUCAAGGUAAGUGUGCAAAGGUCUCUUUUUACACAAGGCACACACAAAUACUCCAUAUAAUAUUAAGCCAGAAACUAAGCUUUUUAUGGACUGCAACUGAUGAUCAACCAUAAAAAUGACAAAUCUGACCUCUUCCCAAUAGGGAAAACCAGCAACAACCAAGGAUGUUUUAAAUCAUAGGUCUGAAACUCAAUUACUAGAGUGCCGCAGCUCUGCACAGUUUUGCUCCAACCCUGAUCAAACACAGCUGAUUCAACUAAUGAAGGUGUUCAUGAAGCUGCAGUCACACUGGGCUUUUCCUCCCAUAGACUUCCAUUCAUAUGCACGCGAAUGCGUCAGACCGGAAACGCAUGGUCAUGCGUUAAGUUUCGCAGCUCGCUGCGGUGCAAAGUUCAAGCUUGGUGAACUCUGACCUCCGCAAUCGCAUCACUUGACUGCGUGAGACCAAUUGAGGAUUAAAGCACGACCUCUCUGGAAAUAUUGAAAAUAUUGAGCAAUCGUUGGCUUUUUAAAUGUCUAAUUAUCUUGUUUAAUCCCGCCCCUUUUUGCAGCGCCGUACGACAGAAUUUCGCACACACAAAGCCCAGUGUGACCAGAGCUUCACUCCUUUGAGCACCUCGGUUAUUUGGAUCAGCUGUGUUUGAUUAGAGUUAAUUAGCUGCAGCCCUCCAGGAAUUGAGUUCGAGACCUAUGAUUUAAAUGCUUUUUAUG